GCAGGCCCCGUGCCCUGGCAAAGGCUGGAGCCACCUGUGCAGUCAGAGUCUGCAUUCGAUGUCAGCAGUCAUGUCCUGUGCUUGCCUUGGGUAACGUCAUUUCCCUGAACAAUGAAGUUUUCAGCAGUCAUCAUUAAAAAGAUUGAAGGCUUCCACAGACGUGUCUCUCCUAUCAGGAGAAGCUUGGCACUAUCAGAGACGUUUUCACCAGUAAAGCAGCCUGGAUUCUCUCAUGGACCACCACCAACUGGGAGUUCAACCUUGUGCCGUUACUAGACUGCUAAUAUGAGCGUGAUCUUCUCCGCAGAAGAAGAGGACUCUCACCCAUGGAUGUAAAUAAUUUGGGCUCUGCUUUCAUGCUUAUUAACACUUGUUGGCAUUUGACUUGGUUUCUACUGAGAGGUUAUUUACCGUCUGAAGGAUCCGUUGGGACUCCUUGUCAGAUCGGUUCUUGGGUGGAGCUUGCAGCAACUCGGGGUAAGUGCUGUGCUCUUCCUCUCCGACAGCAGGGCUGGUGCUGCACUACUCAAAAUGGCUUGGGAAAGUCACAGAAACAAACAACUCGGCUCUUGAGUAGAGAAGUGAAAGUUGAGCUGGCAAACGGAGUGCUCUCUGUUUCCUAGGGAUGCACAAAGCGGAUGUAUAUAUUAUAGGGUCCUUUUAUAGGGUCCUUUUUUUUAGGACCAUUUUGCUCUUGCUUUUAAACCAGACAGUCUGUCUGUGCAAGACAGACAAUAAAUAACUCUCUCGGGCGCUGUGGAGAGAUGGAAACUGCAGCUGAGAAAUGAUUUUGGGGAAAGGAAGACAGAAAAGCACAAGCAAACUGUUACGGAAGUACAAAUAGCCCUCUAAAGGAUCGGCAAAUGUGCCAGCUAUGGAGUCUGGCUGUAGUCCCAGCAAGGGAGACUUCUCUUCAGAGAAAACCUGUUAACCAUUUGGAGGGAGCGCAUGUGAAUAAGACGGAGUCAUUAAAAAAGGCUCUUCUUCAGGUUUAGUCUCUCAGCAGGGAACAUCUUUGGUGAUCUGCAAGAUCAUCUCUACUAGAAAUGGAUAACUUCACAAACGGGCAGCCGGGCCCGUGUCAGAGGAACCGGUUGAUAGGAGUUCUGGAAACAGAUGACAGUGUCCCAGAAGAUAAACCUGCAUCUAGUAAAAAGGAAGAAAGAUCAGGGCUUGGAAAGAAAGGAGAGCCACGACCCCUGGAGACGCCUUAUCAGAAGGAGAGCAGUGACUUUGCUCCUAAAGUCAAGAUUAAUCUGAACUAUUGGCCAGGGCUUGUCAGCAACCAAAAGGACCCCAACCGCUUUGACAGAGACAGGCUCUUCAGCGCAGUCUCAAGGGGCAGCCCCGAGGCACUGGAUGGUUUACUCGAGUACUUAAGGAGGACCUCCAAAUUUCUCACCAAUUCCGAAUACACAGAUGCAAAGACUGGGAAGACUUGCUUAAUGAAAGCCCUGUUGAACUUAAAAAAUGGAAAGAAUGACACAAUCCCACUUUUGCUGGAGAUAGACCAAAAGACACAGAAUCCCCGGCCGCUUGUCAAUGUCGCGUGCUCUGAUUGUUACUACAGAGGCCAAACAGCACUCCACAUCGCCAUCGAGAAAAGGAGCCUAGAUUUAGUGAAACUUCUAGUAGAGAAUGGAGCUGAUGUCCAUGCCAGAGCCCAUGGUGAAUUCUUCAGGAAGAAGAAAGAAGGAAUUUACUUUUAUUUUGGUGAACUUCCCCUCUCCUUGGCUGCUUGCACCAAUCAGUUUGAGGUGGUGGAAUAUCUUCUAAACAAUCCCCACCAGAAAGCCAGGAUCCAGGAGCAGGAUACGCAGGGCAACACCGUCCUCCAUGCCCUGGUGAUGAUUGCAGAUGACACUGUGGAAAACACCAAGUUUGUGAGCGCAACAUACGUUGAGAUCUUGAAGGCAGGCGUGAAGGUUGACCCAGCGUGCAAACUGGAGGAGAUAGUGAAUUAUGAUGGAUUGAAUCCUCUGCAGCUUGCUGCCAAGACGGGCAAAGUGGAGAUCUUCAAGCACAUCAUCCAAAGAGAGAUCAAAGAGCCGAUGUACAGGCACCUGUCACGCAAGUUCACUGAAUGGACCUACGGACCUAUCCACGUGUCUCUCUAUGACUUGUCCUCUCUCGACAGCUUUGAGGAAAACUCUGUGCUGGAGAUUCUGGCGUACAGCAGUGACACACCGAAACGGUACGAGAUGGUGGUUUUGGAGCCACUGAACAAACUGCUUCAGCAAAAAUGGGAAACGUUUGCUUCCAAGAGAUUCUACUUCAGUUUUGUCUCAUACUUGUCAUUCAUGAUCAUUUUUACAGCUAUUGCUUACUAUCAACCCUUACGGGUGAAGCCUUCAUUUCCAGUGGAGUUCACAGCUGGGGGCUUCCUCUGGGUCUCUGGACUGAUCAUUAUCUUGCUAGGAGGCAUUUAUCUAAUCUUUGCUCAGAGUCUGUACUUGCGGAGGAGACGCCAGUCGCUGAAGACUAUGUGUUCUGACAGCUGCACUGAGAUCUUGAUCUUCAUCCAGGCUUUCUCCUUGCUGCUGUCAGCCGUCCUGUAUGGCGCAAGUUCCGAAAACUACGUGGCGGUGAUGGUGUUCUCGCUGCUCCUGGGCUGGGUCAACAUGCUGUACUACACUCGGGGCUUUCAGCGCACUGGGAUCUACAGCGUCAUGAUACAGAAGACUAUCCUGAGAGACCUGCUGCGUUUCCUCUUGGUUUAUAUCAUCUUCCUCUUUGGCUUUGCAACAGCUCUGGUUACGCUGAUGGGGGAUGCUCCUUCGGUCCCUCAGAACAAGUCUCUUGCUCAGGUGGAGAGCGCUGGGAGCCACGCUAUGUACGGCGGGCUGCUUAGCGUCUCCCUGGAGCUCUUCAAGAUCACCAUUGGGAUGGGCGACCUGGAUUUCCAGGAACAUGCCAGGUUCAGAUACUUCGUCAUGUUCCUGCUGCUUCUCUUUGUGAUCCUCACUUACAUUCUUCUGCUCAACAUGCUGAUUGCGCUCAUGAGUGAGACUGUCACGAAAGUUUCUAAAGACAGCGAAAGCGUCUGGAAGCUGCAGAGGGCUAUUGCUAUUCUGGAAAUAGAGAAGGCCUGGCUGUGGCGCCAAGGUGGGAAGAGGAGAUCUGGUUGCUUCAUGUCAGUGGGCCUCAAUAAGAAAGAUGAGAGAUGGUGUUUCAGGAUGAGCUGGACUGAGAUGCUGCAGGACAAUGAGAUAUGGACUGAAAUGCUGUGCUCUGUGCAUCAGUGUCUGUUGCAUAUUGUCUCUCCAGAGUGGAGGAAAUUAAAUGGACGAAUUGGGCAAAGGACAUGGGAGUUCUUAAGGAAGACCCUGGAAACACCAGUGAUUCAGAAAUAAAUCCAGAAGCUUCCUGCUGACAAAGGGCUGCUGUUCUUAUGUCUCCUGCUAUAGAGACAAGAUCGUGGAAACGGAUGCCACAGAAACAACCGAGAUCAGCUGCUUCAGAGGAGCAGUCACUAUUGCAGCCAUCAGCAACCGAGAUGGUGCCUCUAGAGGGACAAACUAGAAACCUUUAGCAGGUUUUCUGGAUUGCAACCUUGCUUCCAUCUUCAAAGGAGUUGUAUUUCCCACAGCAGUUGGAAGAAUUGAAGGCAUUAUCAGUAUUCAAGUGCAUUUCAUUGAAGACUGUGGUUCAGCCUGUGGCUAUAAAUAUUUUCGUGCACUUUAAUCAUUAAUGUUCUUUCAAAAAACUAUUUUUACUCAACUUUCUCUGCCUGACACUUUCUUUUUACUAUGUCUAAAAGUACAAGAGCAAGAACAAGAUCACUGGGGCAGUGGGGAGUGGCAUUUUGGGCUGGCAGUGCUUCUGAGCUGUAUAGAAAUAAUGCUGUUUGCCAUAGGAUGGAGUGCGCUAUCUAAGAAUGGGAUGACUUAUUCUUUUGUCCAAAGAGACUGCGCUGAAGUGCUUUGGAAUAAAAAGCGUUGUAGAGGCAUAAAAGGUUGCUAAGGAUGGAGUUGGCUUCUGUGCAAAACACUAUUGGUGGGAGACACGAGUGGACAAAUACACAGUCUUCAGUCAUCAAGAGCCACACCGAGUCUUUGUCUCGGUACCUGCAGUGCUCAGUGUUUAGCACACAGCAGAAUUCCCAUUUUACAGUAUUAUAAUGAAAUAAUUUGCACGAUGUGCACAUUUGCUUCAGAGUACAGAAGUGAUGUGGAUUUCCUGGACCUGUAACUUCACAUGAUGUAUUUCUGAAACAUCUAUUUUUCACAGGUUGCUUUGUUUCUGUAGAAAAAUGUGGCUUCUGAGAGACAGAUGGGCAAAAUGCUUUGUGUGGUUAACGUUUCCUGUCGGUCUAUAAAUUAUUGCAAGGACCUCAUUGCUUUUUGUCAUGUACACGCUGCCUCGGUCAGGAUGGGAAGCAUCCUUUAAACCCUGUAGAAAAGAGAUAAAAAUGAACUGUCUCACUUUCAGCCUAUAUUUAAAAAUAACAACAAUGUAUUUCUGCAAACUAUCAAUAUAGCAAGUUUACUUAAUAGAAAAUGUUCAUCUUUGGAUGUAUUUUCAGAGCUUCAGCCUCUCUCAAAAAGGAAGAGAAGUUGUGAUCAGUGUGGACUCUAAGGCCUUAUCGAACUCCUGGCUGUCGGUCACACAGCACUGCGCUGACCUCCCUGCCGUGCAAUUAGCGCUUGGUUUUCGUGAUCUCCACAUCUGAAGCUGUAACAGCUGAUGUUGCACUAGAUGCAUCUUUCGUAGAAGGAAAGGGCUACUGCUAACCCUGAAAAAGCUGCAGACUGCAAAUGUCAGUGCCUUGCCUUCAGUAAGAUAAACACUGCAACUCAAGAUCCCUUGUCUCUCAUUUCUACUCUGAGCAAGUGAAGGUGGGGGGCUUGUCUUUUGGAGACAACCCUCUUAAUCCUGUCACUGCACGCACAUGACUGGCAGCGAAAGCAUUGCUUUUAAAACUGGUUCCCUGUCACUUCAGACAGGUUAUUCCCCUGUGCUGGGCAAUUCCCUCUGCAGCUUCAGGGCAUUGGUUCUCUGAACUGUAACUAACUUUUCUCACUCCACCUUCUGCUGUUUUCUUGCUUUGUGGAGCCUUCAGCUGCUUUUUCCAUCUAUGGCUUUGUCCUGAGUGUUCCCAAGAUUUGGCAAGGUGCUCAUAUUGCACAAAAGGAUCGUCUGCUGUACAGUAAUCCAUUGCUGUGCUUGGUGCUUUGCUGUGGUGGGGAAAUGUUGAGAUUCUCAAGAAAUGCAGAAUCUCGUCUGCCAUCCCUGCCCGGAAUCUUAAUAAACAACAAAACCUUG